GUGUUUGGCAACCGGGAGAUCAGGUAGGUCCAGGCUGACUGAGGGAAGGGCAGCACAACUGGAGCAUGUGCGUGUGAGUGGUGAUGGACAGACACCGACUGCUUUGCCUGGCCCAGGGGGUGUUGCUGCUUUAAGAGCGGUUCCACCCUGGAUGUUAUUGCAUGAAGUUGGUGCUGGGCCAGACAGUGUGUGAGUGCCGAGACUCCCAGCUGCUGCACACAGCGAGGGGCAGCCCGUCUGCCUGCACGUCUGCCCGCACGUCUGCGACUGCGACCCGUCCUGCAGCAGGUACCAUGACCCGGAGUCACUGUCAGCUGCUCUGGGCUCUGUACUUUGGCCAUGCUGUGUUGACACUUCUAGUAAGAGCUCAGCCCUGCCGACCUGGAUACCUGCUUAAGGCGAAGCAAGACUGCAUUGACGUGGAUGAGUGUGCAGAAGAUGCCAAUAUAUGUGGACCCAACAAACAAUGUAUUAAUGCACCGGGAAGCUACAACUGCAUCUGUCCGCCAGGGUUCAAGGUGUACAUCAACGACCCAACAAGGUGUGAAGAGGUUCCGAGUGGGAGGCCGGCGAGACUGAGAGAGCGGGCGGCAGCUCAGCACGGGGACUCUCAUCUACCUCAGCGAGGAGACUCUGCAGUACCUGCCCAUUGGAAGACCACUCUACCCGACAGAGAGAACGUCACUGCACCUGACAACGGCAGCGCCUCUGUAUCUCAUCGAGGGGUCUCUACGCUAUCUCAACGAGUGGUCUCAGCUCUACCCGACCGUGGGAAUAUCACUGUAUCUCAUCGUGGGGACACUGCUGUACCUCACCAAAGGCACGCCCCUGUAUCGCGCUGGGGGUUCACCGCUGUCCCUCGGCAAGGUGACACCGCACCACCUGGCCAUUGGAGCACCCCUGUACCUGGUGGUGGCAACGUGAACAUGUCUGGUCACUGGAGCUCACCUGAGUCUGGAAGCGGGAACACGCUUGACACGAUCACUGAAAGGAUGUCAGGGCCAGGUAAUGGACACACACCUGGGCCAGGUAAUGGACACACACCUGGGCCAGGUAUAGAACACACACCUGGGCCAGGUAAUGGACACACACCUGGACCAGGUAUUGGACGCACGCCUGGAUCGAUUCUUGAACACAUACCUGAAUCAGGUCAUGAACACACACCUGAGCCAGCUACUGGACGGAAACCUGGACAAGGUAUUGGACACGCACCUGGACAAGGUAUUGGACACACACCUGGACCAGGUAUUGGACACACACCUGGACAAGAGACCGGGCCGGCAGCCCCGACUGGCUGGAGCGGUGGGGUCACCACAGCCAGAGAGCCCAAGCCCAGGCUGCCCAGCGGGGGUCCCAGCGCUGCCCUGGACCCCCGAACCAGCACCACCCAGCACCGCCAGCUGACCACCGCCCCUCACCAGCCACACGCACCCUGGGAGGAGAUCUGUGCCAGGGCCUCCAACACCAGCCGGCUGUUUGACGGACUGUGCCAGGGAGCGGGCACUGGAUUACCACCAGAGGAUGUGAUUGCAUAUUCGACCGGGCUCUUGGCCGGCCGCUCCGUGUGGAAGGACACGCCGUGGGAGGAGAGGAUCGAGUCUGUAUCCCGCCUACUGAUGGGCGUGGAGGAGGCUGCCCUCUCCUGGGGCAGCAUCGGCCCCGCACACAGGCCCAGGAUCAUCGCCAACGAGGAGAUGGACCUACAGGUGGUCCGUGUGGAGGGCGCCCCCGGAGGCGACCGCGUGCGGCUACAGGCCGGUGGCAACAUGGUGGAGGUGGACUGGAGGACGGGAACCAACACCUCGGGUUCUGCCGUUGUUGCCUUCAUUGUCUACCGCAACAUGGAGUCCAUGCUGCAGGGAGCGCUCUACAGUAACGAGGAGAGCGGCGGCCGGCACGGAGACUUCCAACUCCAAUCCGAGGUGAUAUCGGCCGCACUGCGACUCUCGGGGAACUCCAGCGCCUCCGUGGCCGUGAGGCUCGUCCUGAAGCAUCAACAGGCAUCGACCACAAGAGGGAGAGUAUCGUGUGUGUACUGGAGUCAGGCUGCGGCCUGGCAUGGCUGGUCGACUAGGGGCUGUGUCUUAGUGCAGUCCAACAGUAGCCAUACCACAUGCCACUGCCAACAUCUCUCCAGCUUUGCCAUCUUGAUGGCCUUCACCGAGAAGCUGCAGAGUCAUCGGCACGAUGCCCUCUCCGUGAUAUCCUUCAUCGGGAUCCCGGUAUCACUGGCAUGCCUCCUGCUUGCCCUCGCCACCUUCACCUUCUGCCCGCAGGCCAGGAACUCGGUCAGUGCCACCCACACCCAGCUCUGCCUCAGCCUCUUCCUUGCCGAGCUCCUCUUCAUCGUGGCCAUCAAGAGAACGGCCAACCAGAUCGUGUGUGGGGUGGUGGCAGGGUGCCUGCAUUACCUGUUCCUGGCUGCCUUCACCUGGAUGAGUUUGGAAUCCUUUCAGCUCUACGUCAUGGUCAAAAACCUGAAGAAGAUGCGGGUGUCCAGUUCCGGCCACACGGGCAAGCUUGUCUACGCCGUGGGAUACGGGUGCCCCGCGCUGGUGGUCACCCUCUCCGCACUCAUAUACCCCGGCGGAUACGGCUCGCAGCACAACUGCUGGUUACAGGUGGAGAAUGGCUUCAUUUGGAGCUUCCUCGGACCAGUUUACUUCAUCAUUUUGAUCAACACCUUCCUGUUCACCACGUCUCUCUACACGUUGAACGAAGAGCUUUCUAAUCGUGACAUGAAAGUCUCGAAGAUCAAAGACACAAGGAUGCUGAUGUUCAAAGCCAUCGCCCAGGUCUUCAUCCUGGGCUGUACCUGGAUCCUGGGCCUGUUCCACUUCCAGGAGGAGACGCUGGUGAUGGCCUACCUGUUCACCAUCGUCAACAGCUUCCAGGGGACCUUCAUCUUCAUCAUCCUCUGCAUCCUCAACCCCAAGAUAAGGGCUGAGUACCAGAAGUGGAUUUUCGCCAUUUCUCAGACCAAGAGGAUCUUCUUUGAGUCUGAAUCCACGAAAACACCAUUGUCAGUCACGUCGGAGACAGUGUGACUCGAUCACCACCCAACAUGCAUCAACGCCCACUUCAAGAAACUGCGGGGACUCAACUCCCUGAACUGCCACCCGUCUCCUGUAUCUGUUCAUUCACCAGACCAGCGUACAGAUGUUUCUGACCUGUGACACAGCUGGAUGACUUGGAGAGGCCAAGAAGUACUUGGUGUGUGUGGAAAGGAACCACAGAUGCUGGUUUACACCAGAGAUAGACACAAAAAGCUGGAGUAACUCAGCGGGACAGGCAGCAUCUAGAGAAGGGAUCGGUGACGUUUCGGGUCGAGACCCCUCUUCGGAUUGAGAGUCAGUGGAGAGGGUUCAGAUUGACUCUGUCUGAAGAAGAGUCUCGACCCGAAACGUCACCUAUUCCUUUUCUCCGGAGAUGAUGCCUGACCCGCUGAGCUUUUUGUGACCAACUUCUCCAAGUCCAACCAGAUGACAUUUGUUGGAAGAGUAUUUCAUGGUUAUAAUCUUUUAUUAUCCCUACCCUUUUAUGAAUGAAAAGAUAUAAACUGUAUUUCCUAAUGAUAACUUUGAAGAGCCACAGUAUAAUCCCAGCAGAUUGUGCUGCAUAAGGCAGAAUAUUUCAAAGGAUUCGGUGCGCAGUGCUAUCUAGUAGAUGGUUUGUUAAUCAUGCAUCACUUUACACAUAAGAUAUAUCAAGAACAGCGGUAGAGUUGCUGCCUCACAGCGCCAGAGACCCGGGUUCCAUCCUGACUACAGGUGCUGUCUGUACGGAGUUUGUACCUUCUCCCCGUGGGUUUUCUCCGGGUGCACCGGUUUCCUCCCACACUUCAAAGAUGUAGAGGUUUGACAAUAGACAAUAGGUGCAGGAGUAGGCCAUUCAGCCCUUCGAGCCAGCACCGCCAUUCAAUGUGAUCAUGGCUGAUCAUCCCCAAUCAGUACCCCGUUCCUGCCUUCUCCCUAUAUCCCCUGACCGCUAUUUUUAAGAGCCUUAUCUAGCUCUCUCUUGAAAGCAUCCAGAGAACCUGCCUCCACUGCCCUCUGAGGCAGAAAAUUCCACAGACUCACCACUCUGUGAGAAAAAGUGUUUCCUCAUCUCCGUUCUAAAUGGCUUACUCCUUAUUCUUAAACUGUGGCCCCUGGUUCUGGACUCCUCCAACAUCAGGAACAUGUUUCCUGCCUCUAGCGUGUCCAAGCCCUUAACAAUCUUAUCUUUCAAAGAGAUCACCUCUUAUCCUUCUAAACUCCAGAGUGUACAAGCCCAGCUGCUCCAUUCUCUCAGCAUACGAGUCCCACCAUCCCGGGAAUUAACCUUGUAAACCUACGCUGCACUCCCUCAAUAGCAAGAAUGUCCUUCCUCAAAUUAGGGGACCAAAACUGCACAUAAUACUCCAGGUGUGGUCUCACUGGGACUCUGUACAACUGCAAAAGGACCUCUUUGCUUCUAUAUUCGAUUCCUCUUGUUAGAAAGGCCAACAUGCCAUUCGUUUUCUUCACUGCUGGUUUGUAGGUUAAUUGUCUUCCAGAAAUUGUCCCUAUUUUGCGUAGGACAUAGAUAUAGUAGGUGGUUGUUGGUCAACGUGGACUCGGUGGGCCGAAGGGCCAGUUUCCACGCUGCAUCGCUGAAGUCGAAAUUCACAAUCCUUUACUUUUUUCUACCCCUUUUAUGAAUGGAAAGAUAUAAGCUUAAUUUUCCACUGAUAACUUUAAAGAGCCAGUUUAAUCACUAUGGAUUGUGCAGAAGACGACAGAGUCUUUCAGAAGAAUCAGUGAUCAGUGCUAUCCAGCAUACGGUUUGCUUAUCAUGCAUCCCUUUAUGUAGAAGAAGGAACUGCAGAUGCUGGAAAAAUCAAAGGUAGAUAAAAAUGCUGGAGAAACUCAGCGGGUGAGGCAGCAUCUAUGGAGUCUUUCGACCCGAAACGUCACCUUUUCCAUCGCUCCGUAGAUGCUGCCUCAUCCGCUGAGUUUCUCCAGCAUUUUUAUCUACCCUCUAUUUAGAAGACAUUUCAAGAACAGAUAUAACCUGUGCAUCUGUUAUUAGAUAUUUGGCCAUUUCUUGCAACGUCUGGGUUUGGAGCCAGUGAGACUUGCAAUUUAAUUGUAAUCGCUUACAAAUGGCUAUAUGCACAUGCAAUUUAAAGUCUAACACAUUGAUAAAAUUAUGGAACUAACUCCAAGUCGAGUCUUCUCUAUUUGCUGUGCUCCUCGGGAUCCUUGUAAGGUUAACACUUCCAUUCCAGUUUUACAUACAAAAUCUGUGGUGUGGAGCUUCUGUCAUAGAGUGAUACAGUGUGGAAACAGGCCCUUCGGCCCAACUUGCCCACACCGGCCUACAUGUCCCAGCGACACUAGUCCCACCUGCCUGCGUUUGGUCCAUAUCCCUCCAAACCUGUCCUAUCCAUGUACCUAUCUAACUAUUUCUUAAAUGGUGGGAUAGUUCUGG